UUCGGUCGUGGUGGUGUGAUGCGAGGGUUUUAGCGCAGUCGAAGCAAGGGGUUGUUCGAAAGUUGAAAGAUGGCUAUGGCUAUGUUCGUGAGACGAGCUGCAUCUACUCGAAAUGCGAUUGCCUUUCUCAGAAUAUGCUCUUCCUCCUCCUCCUCUUCCUUAGUUGUUGGCCGCGAUUUCUCUCACAAGGCCACCCUCAGAAGAGCUCCAGAUUUGGAUUUGAGAUUGCCCAGUAGUUUUCUCAGUCGAGGCUUCGCCAAAGGCAAAAAAUCAAAGGAUGAUUCUGGAAUGGUGGACGUAUCUCCGGAUAUUGGGCCUACCGUCAAAGCCACUGCCACUUCUCAGAUGGAGUCUGCCAUUGAUGCCUUGUCUCGGGAUCUCACUAAACUCAGAACUGGACGUGCUGCUCCAGGAAUGCUUGAUCAUAUUGUUGUUGAAACUGGUGGCCUCAAAAUGCCUCUCAAUCACUUAGCUUUGGUCUCUGUCCUCGAUCCUAAAACUCUCUCUAUCAAUCCUUACGAUCCUGAUACUGUUAAAGAGCUUGAGAAAGCAAUUGUCUCAUCUCCAUUAGGAUUAAACCCAAAACUCGAUGGCCAAAGACUUAUUGCAUCUAUCCCUCCUUUGACCAAGGAGCAUGUUCAGGCUAUGUGCAAGAUUGUAACCAAGUCCAGUGAAGUUGUCAAGCAAAGCAUAAGAAGGGCACGUCAAAAGGCACUGGACACAAUAAAGAAAGCAGCCUCAGGUCUACCAAAAGAUGAAGUGAAAAGGCUGGAGAAGGAUGUAGAGGAGCUGACGAAGAAGUUUGUAAAGUCAGCAGAUGACAUGUGCAAGUCCAAAGAGAAUGAGAUCACCACUCAAGCUUGAUCUCAGUUUCUGCUGAACACAUUUAAGCCUUCUUUUACAAAACUACCUUAUAUAGAUGACACAAAGAAUUCAAUAUUUUUUUUUGAAUGUUCAAUUUGAGGGUCUUGAACGCAGUUUGACCGGCUGAUACACAGGUGCUGACAGGCCCUUCUAUAGGGCCUGGAAAUGUCCAUUUAAAUUAUUGUUCUCUUUCAAAUAAGUGGCAUGUCUGUUUUCUUUUA